AUGGCAGAAUCCCUUCUAGUUUCGAAUUUAUUCAACAUCAAAGGAAUUGUGGCAGUGGUCACAGGAGGUGGAAGUGGACUCGGUCUUUCCAUAACAAGAGCAUUGGCUGUGAAUGGAGCUAAGAGAGUCUACAUCCUGGGCAGAAGGAGUGAUGUGCUGGAGCUUGCAGCAAAGGAAAUAGGUCUGAACAACGUGAUUCCAAUUCAGUGUGAUAUAACGAAUCAACAGCAGCUGAAGUCUACUGUGGCUUCAAUCGAAAAUGAUGUCGGCUACAUCAAUCUGCUCGUUGCUAAUUCAGGAAUCGCUGGUCCCUCCGGCAAUGUGUCUACAGACGCCAGCAUUUCGCAAGUUCAAGAGGCCUUAUACAAAAUUCCAAUGGAGGAGUUUACGAACACAUUGCACGUCAAUUCUACCGGCGUCUUCUAUACGAUAGUUGCAUUCCUGUCCUUGCUCGAUGCCGGGAACAAGGAUGGAACAUAUCAAAACGGAAGAAGUCAAGUGAUAACUACCAGCAGUAUCGGGGGCUUCAGUCGGAAAAUAACGGCAGGAUUUGCCUAUAGUACCAGCAAAGCAGCGACGACAAUGCUGAUGAAGGUGCUGGCAACUUAUUUGGUGCCCUAUAGAAUCAGAGCAAACAUUAUCUGCCCUGGCUUAUUUCCAACUGACCUGACUGCUUCUCUCAUCGAUGGAAAAGAGCCCACUGAGGAGGGUGCUUUCCCACUCGAUAAGAUUCCAGCCGAGCGAGCAGGCUUACCAGAGGACAUAGUCGGCCCUGUGCUGUAUCUAGCGUCACGCGCAGGUGCUUACUGCAACGGAAAUUGCGUCAUAACAGACGGAGGGAAAUUGAGUGUUACCCCUGCUACUUACUAG